UUAAAUUUAAAUCAGAUGUAGAUACAAAAGUCGUUAGGAGUUCUUCGCCCUAAAUAAAGAAGGAAACGUAAACAAGUGUGGACCGGGGCUAAGAAAAGCCCUAAGAAAGAAGAAAACAAGUGAAGAACGAAGAGGCUGUUUCACCGCUGAUUGAUUUCAAUAUCUCUUUGGGAAAAGAAAAAGGAAAAGGUUUACCAACGUUUCAUCUCCUGAAAGAUCACCAACAAGCUUUGCAGGGCUGUUCUGACUAGCGAGAAAUGGAUCCGGGUCGCUAUGGUCUUCAGCAAGGAUGGGAUAAUAACAGCGCUCUGGAGGGGUAUGGAGCAGUUCACGAGCCAAACUUUCGGAUUGGUGGGUCAUAUGAUGAGAGAAGGAUUUUAGAUGAAAGAUAUUCAAGGGAUAACGUAUAUCCGAGAAAUGCCUUUCAUCGUGACAUUAUUGAUAGGGAUAAUUACCCAACCCCACCCCCACCUCAUCCUCAUGUUGGUAUUUGGCCACAAUCAAGAAGGAGAAAUUACGAAGAAGAAUUCCCGAUUGAUAGGGAAUCAAGGCGACAUGAGAAACCUUACAUUGACCCAUAUCAUGAGAUGGAUACUUUUCAUGAGCCUGAGCUUGAUACUUUUAAGGAAUUUGACAAAUUUCGAGAUGGCUAUCGAAAUAUUGAAAACUAUCGUGAUCAUGGAUUUGACAAAUCUACUAGGCUAGGGGGACGUGAACAGGAUGAGUAUACACAUGAUGAUUAUGAUCAUAGGUCUCGUGCUUCUCAUCAGAGCAGUAGGGAGGAUAGUCGUGAAAGAGACUAUGACUAUGGUCGGAAUAGUUAUGAUUCUGAUUAUGAUAGAGGUGGUAGGAAAGAUGGUAAUUGCAGGAGGCGUGAAUCUCGUGAUCGAGAAAGAGAUCAAAGUCCUUACAGAAGGCAUGAUAGGGAAAGAGGUCACAGUCCGUAUAGAAGGCAUGAACGGUCUCGGUCUCGUGGACGUGAUGACCAUACUAGAUCAAGAUCUCCUCGAGGUCGUAGCCAUGGUCGAAGUCAUCGAGAGGACAGCUUUGAUGAUGCUAGACAUGAAAGGUUUGAGAGAAGACGUGAGCGCGAAGAGAAGCGCCAGCGAGAUCACUACUCUGUGGCACCAUCAGCUACUGUUGUUGUGAAGGGUCUCUCACAGAAAACAACUGAAGAAGAUCUUUAUCAGAUCCUUGCUGAAUGGGGUCCUCUUCGUCAUGUUCGAGUUAUAAAGGAGCGAAAUUCUGGCAUAUCACGAGGAUUUGCUUUCAUUGAUUUCCCUUCUAUGGGAGCUGCAUGUGCUAUGAUGGAGAAGCUUGGAGAUGAUGGUCUUGUUGUUGAUGGCAGGAAGCUUUUCUUCGAGUAUAGCUCACACACCAACCAGGAUACAGACUGUAGUAAGCCAACUGGAGGGGCUGGUGGAGCAUUUGGUCAAGAAGGAUCUGCAAAAGUGGGUAACCAUAGAAGCAUCACAGUGCCGUCUGAUUGGAUGUGUAUUAGUUGUGGCUACAUUAAUUUUGCACGAAGGACAUCCUGCUUUCAGUGUAAUGAAGCACGAUCUGAAGAUUCCCCCCCAGCAGAUGUUUCUCAGUCAAAUCCAACACCUUUGGGAAAAAAAGGAUUAGAAGCUGGUCCUACUCAUGUAUUGGUUGUUCGUGGACUGGAUGAAAAUGCCGAUGAGGAAAUGCUUCGUUAUGAAUUUUCCAAGCAUGCUCCAAUUAAGGACCUUCGCCUUGUUAGAGACAAAUUUACUCAUGUUUCAAGGGGGUUUGCAUUUGUACACUUUCAUUCGGUGGAAGAUGCUACAAACGCUCUAGAAGCAACAAAUGGGACAACACUCGAAAAGAAUGGCCAGAUUCUGAGAGUAGCGUAUGCAAAAAGCAUUCUCGGUCCAGGAUCAGGAACAUCAGGACAUUCUCAGUCAAGUAGUCUUGCUGCUGCGGCAAUUGAGGCAGCGACAUUUUCUCAGCAGUAUGAUGCUGUUGGAUGGGCACCAAAAGAAUACAAUCCAGAUGACAAACAAUCUGUUGGAGGACAGGGGCAAAGCGGUGGGGAUAUUGUAGUCCAAAAAGAGGGCUUGGCUCCACAAUCUGGUUUUGUGUGGGAUGAAGCAUCUGGUUAUUAUUACGAUGCUGCUUCUGGCUUCUACUAUGAUGGAAAUACAGGUCUUUAUUAUGAUAGUAAUAAUGGGGUUUGGUAUUCGUAUGAUGACCAAGCACAGCAGUACAUCCCUUGCACAGAUCAAAAUGACAACAAAACGACGACCAGCCAAUCUGAGCUUUCCAAAGUAUCAGAUGGUUCUAAAGACAGGAAAGUAGUGAUUUCUGCUCCAGCUACUACCUCAACAUCAGAGAAAGGAUCAUCAUUACCGGAUGUUGUCCAGGCUGCUGCAACAGCAGCAAUAGCAGCGGAAAAAAAAGAGAAAGAAAAGUUAAAAGAGAUUAAGCUGGCCUCAAAAAGCAGUAUUCUAGCAAACAAAAAGAAAAUGAAUAAUGUAUUAUCAAUGUGGAAGCAGAGGAGUCAUGAAGGCCAAACAACUCGUGUGGCUUUGGAUGACAGCCAGCCAACUGUAUCAGCUGAAGAUAGAGCUCUUCAUGGUGGACAAGCCUCAAAGAACAAGUUUAAGAGUGAAGUGUUGAGUGUGAAAGAGAAUGUAACGACAAGUACAGGACUUCCUACAACUGUUUUUUCUUCCCAGAAUUCAAGGCCCGUGAGUAACAGUUUGGGUGGGAGUCUGAUGGGUGUCAUAAGGGGUUCUGGAAGAGGAGUGACAAAAUCAGAUCCUUCAUUUUAUGGAUUGUCAACUGGAGUCUCUACCUCUUUAGUUUCCACUGCAAAUGUGGCUGGAUCAGCUCCGUUGGCUAAUCAAGAGAUACCACAUGUUGUGACAUCUUUUAAAAUAGAUGCAUCUGCGUUGGGGUCUUAUACACCACCUGUUUCUGCUGGGAGUGGAAAAAGAAGGUUCUCUGAAAUGCCUCUUCCUGUAGCUUCUGGUCAAAAGGAACAAUUUCAGACGACUUAUAGAGAUCGUGCAGCUGAGAGGAGGAGCCUCUAUGGCUCGUCACUUUCUGUAGGAGAUAAUUUAUCUGACCUUGGUUUUGGGGAUGCGACUCGAGAUUUUGUUCCAAGGAAGGGUUCAUUGGAUCCAAUGCCUUUUCCUCCUGGUGUUGGUGGAGGACGUCCUGCUGGAGAUGCAAUGUUAAGCAGCUAUGAGGUGAUCACAACAGAAAAAGCAAUUGAUGAAAGUAAUGUAGGCAAUCGAAUGCUUCGCAGCAUGGGAUGGCAAGAGGGACUGGGGUUAGGGAAAGAUGGAAGUGGAAUGAAAGAGCCAGUGCAGGCACAAGCGGUGGAAAGUAGAGCAGGACUUGGGAGUAGUAGGCAGAAGAAGUUGGAUCCUAGCCUUGAGGUGCAGGCUGGGGAUAGUUACAAAACUCUCAUUCACAAGAAGGCUCUUGCUAGGUUUAGGGAGAUGUCUUAGAUGAUAUACAUAUAUAUAUAUAUAUAUUUAUUGUCAGUAGAACUGUUUAUUCAAGUGAACUGGGCAAGAAUUGGAUGUAGAAAGGGGUCAUUCAACACUGUAGAGAUGGUUUUAUAAUUUUGCGAUUGAAUUUUAUUAUUUUGUUAUUGAUAAUUAAGAUGGUAUUUGCGAUUGAAAUUUUUAUGAUAUUAAGAUGGAAUUUUUUUUUUACUAAUA